AUGGCCAAGGUUGGUGAGCAAUCUACUUCUACCGCUCCUCCUACACCAAGGGAAGGAGGAAAGGAUAGCGGAAAGGGCCGGAGGGAUAAGUCCCGCGACGUGAUUGGCGAGAUGGAGGAAAGGCUAGUCAAGGUGGAGACUACCAUGUCCGAUUGGGGGGAUAAAAUCGAAGACAUGGACCUACGCAUCGAGAAGCUAGAGUCCAAGGGGGACGACGGAGAGCUUCGCGAGGAGAUGCAAGGUGCCUUGAAUGUUCUCGCCGACAAUUUAUCAAGGGACAAUGAGGCUCUCAAGAAGUUGCUUGUCCAAUGCCUAGAGAAGGUCGAUAAGCUCGAGGUGGAGCUUAAUUUGUGCAAGACCUCGUUGGCAAAGAGUGGAGGAGCGCAAGCAGCGACGGUCCACAAGGUCGAUGCUCCUAAACCAAAAGCCUACGGUGGGGCGAGGAAUGCGAGGGAGAUCGACAACUUCCUGUGGAACUUGGAGGGAUACUUUGAGGCAGUGGGCAUCGUGGACGACACCACUAAGGUAAAGUCCGUAUCUCUCUACUUGUGUGAUAUUGCUACCGUCUGGUGGAGACGGAGGUGCGAGGAUGUGAAAAAGGGCCUCUGCACCAUUAAUACUUGGGAAGAUUUUAUUCGGGAGCUUAAGAAGCAAUUCUAUCCCGACAAUGCCGAGAAGGAGGCGAGGUCAAAGCUUCGACGUCUCCAACAUAGAGAUGGUCAUAUUCGGGAAUAUGUGAAGGAGUUCUCCGAAUUGAUGUUGGAGAUUCCCGAUUUGGGGGAGAAGGAAGCUUUUCAUGCCUUCAUUGAUGGGUUAUCUCGGUGGGCUCAGUUGGAGCUAGAAAGGCGAGGUGUGCAGGACCUUGCCACCGCGAUGGCGGUUGCCGAGUCCUUGAUAGAGUUGAAGAGGAAGGACUCGUUUAAACCAAAAGUAAAGAAAUACGAAGGAGGUGACAAAGGUGGUGGAGAUAGGGGAAAAUCUUCCACCAAGGAUGGCAUAGUUCUUCCCCGAGAAAGCUUACACCUUCAUAUCGACCGGACCUCGUGGUAUGAUUGUCCAAAGCGAGGAAAGCUUGGAGCACUAGUGAUCACCGAAGAGGAAAGGCAAGAAGAAGAGCGAAGACUUGCUUCCCUUCGACUUCUCAAUGCUAUCCAAGCCAAAGUGGAGCAAAAGCCUCGUGGACGAAUGUACGUGGAAACCAAUAUCGGAGGCAGGAGUAUUCAAGCCAUGGUGGACACUAGAGCUGACACGGUAUACAUGGCGAAAGAGGUGGCUGACUCUAUUAAGCUGCCUUAUAAGAAGGAAAAGGGCUUUAUAAAAGGGGUAAACGCAAAGAGAUUACCUAUCAUUGGUGUUGCGAGAGGAACUAACAUCCGAAUAGGCCAAUGGCAAGGUAAGGUCGAUAUCACAAUUGCUCCUAUUGAUGAUCAACGGUUUUAUCUUAGUAUGGACUUCCUCGACAUGGUGAAGGCAUUCUUGGUUCCUUACGCCAACACCAUGUGCAUAAUGGAGAAUGGCCAACCUUGUGUUGUGCCGAUAAAAAGGGAGUUAAGUCAAGAUAAGAUGGUGUCGGCCAUACAGCUCUCAAAAGGGGUAAAAAGGAAGGAGCCAACCUUUCUAGCAACCCUUAAAGUGGAAGAAGAGCUGCCGAAGAAGCUUCCUCCACGCCGAGAAGUGGACCACGAGAUUGAGCUGGAAUCGGGAGCCAAACCACCCGCCUUUACCCCCUACCGUAUGGCGCCUCUUGAGCUGGAGGAAUUAAGGAGGCAACUUAAGGAGCUACUUGAUGCAGGCUAUAUAAGGCCGUCCAAAGCUCCGUAUGAUGCGCCGGUGUUGUUCCAGAAGAAGCAUGAUGGGUCUCUUCGGUUAUGCAUUGACUCGGCCGAACAAGAUUACAAUCAAGAAUAA